UUUCUUUUCCCUUUUAUUUUAUUUUCUUCUUUCUUUCUUUCUCUUUCUUUCUUUGUUUUCUCCUUUUCUUUAAGGUGGGGAAAGAGACAAGCAGGAGACAGGAAGCUGAUCUGCAAAGAUUCGGAGUUGUGCUGAAAGGACUUUGAUUUUUUUUUUUUUUUCUUUUCUUCCUUUACAAACGCUGGCAAUUGACAUCACUUACAGACAACCUGGUUAGAGAACUAACUGCCUCAUCCCAAGUGGACCCCGGCAGCUGAGGGAAGGCAGGCAAGAGCUGGGGUGGCUGUGUGUGGGGCUUUUUUUCCCCCUACCGAUCCCCCCUCCCCCCUUUUUUUCCCCCUGGUGUGUUUCUUUUUUAAAUUCUUGCUGUGUUGGAACUAGCGAGUGGUGGAAGACAAGGGAUCUCUGAAGCCUCAUCAGUCAUCGGGACUGUCAGGAAUAGUGGUUUGAGAGGAAGCUCGGCCUGGGGCGCUAUACCCUGUCAUCCCGUUCCCUGCCUCGGAGAUAAAGAUUCCAGCUACAUGGGCAAACGCUUGGAUCAGCCACAAAUGUACCCCCAGUACACUUACUACUAUCCUCAUUAUCUCCAAACCAAGCAGUCCUAUGCACCAGCUCCCCACCCCAUGGCUCCUCCCAGUCCCAGCACAAACAGCAGCAGCAACAACAGCAGCAACAACAGCAGCGGGGAACAGUUGAGUAAAACCAACCUGUACAUUCGAGGCCUUCCACCGGGCACCACAGACCAAGACCUAAUCAAGCUGUGUCAACCGUAUGGAAAAAUUGUAUCCACAAAGGCAAUCCUUGACAAAAACACAAAUCAGUGCAAAGGUUAUGGUUUUGUAGAUUUUGACAGUCCUGCAGCUGCACAGAAAGCUGUAGCAUCUCUCAAGGCAAAUGGUGUCCAGGCACAGAUGGCCAAGCAACAAGAGCAAGAUCCAACAAACCUAUACAUCUCGAAUCUCCCCAUUUCUAUGGAUGAACAGGAACUUGAGAAUAUGCUGAAACCUUUCGGACACGUCAUUUCCACAAGAAUACUAAGAGAUGCCAAUGGCGUCAGCAGAGGGGUUGGCUUUGCCAGAAUGGAGUCUACUGAAAAAUGUGAAGUGGUCAUACAACAUUUUAAUGGAAAAUACCUGAAAACACCACCAGGUAUCCCAGCCCCUAGUGAGCCUUUACUGUGCAAAUUCGCUGAUGGAGGACAAAAGAAGCGACAGAAUCAAAGCAAAUAUACCCAGAAUGGAAGGCCUUGGCCCAGAGAAGGAGAGGCUGGCAUGGCUCUGACCUAUGACCCCACAGCUGCCAUACAGAAUGGAUUUUAUUCUUCACCGUACAGUAUUGCAACCAACCGCAUGAUUCCACAGACAUCUAUCACGCCAUUCAUUGCUGCUUCCCCUGUCUCCACAUACCAGGUCCAGAGCACUUCCUGGAUGCCUCAUCCGCCAUACGUUAUGCAACCAACAGGUGCUGUGAUUACGCCAACAAUGGACCAUCCUAUGUCAAUGCAGCCAGCAAACAUGAUGGGCCCCCUGACACAACAGAUGAAUCACCUUUCAUUGGGCACAACAGGCACGAUUCAGUCCCAAGACAGGAUUAUGAUACUCCACCAGCUGUUGUGUCAGUAUAUGACUGCUGCCGCACCCAUGCAAGGGACCUACAUCCCCCAGUACACGCCCGUGCCUCCGACAGCUGUGUCUAUUGAAGGUGUCGUUGCUGAUACCUCUCCCCAGACAGUGGCACCUUCGUCCCAGGACACGAGCGGUCAGCAGCAACAGAUAGCAGUGGACACAUCCAGUGAACACGCACCUGCAUAUUCUUAUCAACAGUCUAAACCAUAAACAAGACUGAAGAAUGUCUGUCUGAAACUUUGCCUUGAAUGAAGAGACUUCAUUGGACAAGAAGUUGGCAUCCAGUUUGCACAAGCGUCAAUGGAAUGCUUUUUCUUUCUUUUUUUUUUUUAAUUUUCUACUUUACCUAAUGAAAACAAAGCAUUUUUAUGUGCUGUGCAAAUGGUUCCUUCAUGUGGUCUGACAAUUUAUUUUUGCCAUCAUUUUUUUUUAAUUAAAGAAAAAAAUCCCAGAAGAGGGAAAAUAACAACCAAACAAAAACAUGGAAGGUUCACAUUUUAUCUGGAAGAACAUUUGAAUUCAAAAUUUAUCAGAAGGUGUAGAUAGUUUUUUGUUUUGUUUUGUUUUGUUUUUUAAAAGAAAAUCUGAUGUCAAGAGGCAGGUCAGCAAAAAUGGAAAAAAAAAAAAGUCCUCCUAAGAAAUUAAGCUGCAUUUCUUUUUCCCUUCUUGUUAAAAUCUUGUAAGUUGGGUUUUUUAUUAUUUUUUUUUCUUAGAAAUAUUUAGGUAAGGUUUAUCGUGAAUCUUAAUUGCCUUAAUUUUAAGGACGUCAAAGGCUCUCAAGGCAAGCUGUCAACGUCUUGUUAAAAAAAAAAAAAAGACAAACAAGAAAGAAUCGAAAUAUUGUGCCGACUUUAACUGGCAUAGAAGUUUAAGACUAUGAGUUUUUAGGGUGAAAAAAAACUGUACAGUUUAAAGAAAAUGUUUUUCUUCAUUUGAAGAAAAUUUGUUGAUAAAAGAAACCAUGGCAACUGCAAGAAUUGGGAAAAUGCUGGGACUUUUCAUGAACUUUGUCUUAAGUGUUGAAUCAUUCUAGAAGGCUAAAACAUUUUACGGUAAAGUUAUUAAUGUUGGUUCAAAAACAACUGCAUUAGAAAUAAUGCGUGUUUGGGGGGCAGAAUGCAGAUUUUUUUUAUUUACAAAGCGUGAUCGCUAGCAAGAGCAUUAGUGCUUUUUAUCUGCAGUCUUUUUUAUGAGCUUUACAAAGUUUUUAGUCAGCUUUGCUUGUCACAUUGCAAAACCUAGCUUAAGAGCAUUAAAAAAAAAAACUUAAGUAGAUAGGAGCUUAUGGUCAAAAAGUGCAAAAACAAAAAAACAAACAAACAAAAAAAAAAAAACAAAAAAAGCAAUAGAUAGAGAAAUUGUUGACAAUUUCUGUAGUCUUUCCUAGUUGUGAUCAAAUUCAGCCUAUGGAUGGCCUAUUUUAUACCAAAGAUGAAGUGGCACCCUAUCGCAGUCCAGAAGAUAAAGGUUGUUUUGUUUUCUUUUUUUCCUUUUGAAAAUUUUAUUUGACCUACAUGGCCGGACCAGUUCUUACGUUAUCGUUUGUUUAAACUACCUUCCACUGGUGUAUUACACACUGCAAUUUUUUUUUUAAAUGUUUAUCUGUUGAUAGCGAAAGCUUGCAUCUGCUGUGUUCAGUGGUUUCAGCUGAAGAGUUUGGGAUACGAACUGAUAGAGCCAAAUGGCUUGAAAGUCUGCAAGCUUUUCUGGUUUCUUGCUAACUCGCUUGUAUAGUAAAACCUGUGUUGAUGACCAUCAGUAAUCUAAGAGUCCUGUUUAACAGGCUGAAAUUUCUUUAAGUGAAUUUUGAACUGAAGACACUUUCAAGUGGCCUGAAAGGUCACUUGUCAAAAAACAAACACACGCAAACACACUUAGUGACGUUCUGUUAAGUGGUGAGCGGUCUCCUGAAAAGGUCUCAUUGUAUUUGUAACAACAGUCUUCCUUCUAAAUUCCAACACCUUUAGUUUUGUCUAAGCACUCAGUCUGUGUCAGGUAUCUCCCAGGAAUAGUCACAUUGGCUCUGCAGUUGGGAAGGGGUUAUCUUCUUCUUGCCUCUUUUCUUGUUUGUCUGUUUGUUUUCCAUAUCCUGGUGUUGUCAGAAGAAAGACAAAAUAGACCUUUUUACUGCAGUUUAACUCUCUGAGGCAAGUAGGACCAAUAAGAUUGAAAGUUCUAAUAGUGGAAUUUAGGGAAGCUUUUAAAAUGCUAGGUGACAAUCAAAAAAAAAGAAAGAAAUUAUAUGAUUUAUAUUAAAAACCAGUCAAAAGAAUUAGGUUUGAUCAAUCAUUAAAGCCAAAGGAGGGGUAUUUGCAUUGAGAGUGAUGCAAGACAUUGUCUAAAAUGAACUAAAUUGACUGAGCAAAAUUGGCUACAUAGCUGAUGCAGGAAACCUAUGUUCAAUCUGUAAAGUUUUACCUGAAAAUAAGAACAAUGGAACUUUGUUAAUGGAACCAUGCCCUAGAAUUACUUUCUGAAAAACUCACUGGAAGCAAAUAGAUGAAACACUUCUCACAAAACCAAGUCAUAGGGACCCUUCUUAGCCCACAAGAGAGCGGGGAAAGGUAUUAAGCACACUGUAAAAGGAACCAGGGUAGACUUUUUAAAAGUAAUUUUAAAAGGAAAUUAUAUACCCAUUAGGUCAACAUGAGUAAUGACUUUGCCUCACAGGAAGUUGUCACUGUUCCACGACAUGUGACAUAUGCGCAAAGGCCAAGUGUUGAAAGAAGACUCAGUUCUGUUACUUGUAACCCCAUCCAUGAUUGGAAGCUCAAAUCUGGAGAGUGACUCUGUACCUUUGCAGUCCAAACUGGAGGAAAAUGUGUAUGCAAGAAAAGGCAGCGUGUGUCACAGAGAAACUCCAACUGGUCACACCCGUGCCUAUGGUUUUCGGGGCCUUGGAGUGAAUCCUAGAUUGGUACUUUCUUCUGGUUCAUGUUUCAGCUUCUCGUGUAUUUGAAGGGUGGCGUUUCUAAGUUGUAACUUUGAGAAGUGAACCCCAAAUGGCGGGGGGAUAAGUAAACAUAGACAGAACUGCGGUUUCAUUUGUUCUUUUCCACUCUCGGAACUCUUUGUAUAAAUAAGGAUUAUCCUAGGCAUAAUUCAUUUGAAUAAGAAACCAACAUGCUUUCUUUUGUUUCUGUUUUAAAAAAUACUACUAAUAAUCACAUGAUACAAAGAAAGCCUCAUUUACGAAACCAACGAUGAGGCUAAGAGGUAGCUGCCAUGUGGCUGAUGAGCGUGCCUAGGUAACUUUCUGUUUCUAAUCAGAACUACUGCUUUAUUUAUACAUUCAGCAACAUUUUUCAACUAUGAGAUUUCAAUGGUCUCAAUUUUUUUAAGCCAUUUAAGGCAAAAGGAAAUUACCUGUCAGUUUAUCUGUCCAUGUGUGUUUUGUGUUUGGAAGUUUUCUAUCAUGUCAUUCUGUACAAUUUAUUAUUUUUAAACCAGAAAGGUAAAGAAAAAAAAAAUGUCCCACGUUCAAUAUUUUCUCCCGUUAUCUCUCGUCUUACCCAGUGACUUUGAAGAAUCCAAUCUAAAUAGGGGAGAGCGGGGUGUGAGCAGUGGUUAAGUGCCAUUACAUUAUCUGAAAAACAACCCAAGAUAUGAGUUCCGCUAUGCAGACAUCAGAAUCCUCAUUUAAUCAGCAAUACAUAUUAGGGUGAAUUUAAUCCUACUUUGGCUUAUAAUCACCCUGUAAAAGAUUUCCGGUUCACAGAAUCGUUGAGUAUUCGGACGGUUGAGAUUUUCCCUUUGACUUCCUUUAGUUGCCAAGACUUAGCUUCAACCUCACAGAACAAACUGAAACCACAAUUCAAUGGCAUCAACCUUACCUUGUCUAAAUGUUAACUAACUGGCCAGUGGAGGAGUGGGCUUUCAUUUUCAUUGUGGUAAGGGGUCGUCUGGGAGGCAGAGCACGCAUAGUGACUGGGAGCGCCUCAUGUGUGGGUAUGUCCCCUGAGGACACCACGGGAUCCAAGGGAACUGAAGGUGACAUUAACAGGUAUCGGUCGCUCUUGUCUUCGAACACUGGCAUGUCUUCAAUAUCGCAAGCGAGAGACUGUUCUAGAAAUGAUCCCUUGACCUGACACCGGUCUGGCUAGACUAUUUCCUUGAUAGAUUUCAAUCAUUCAGCUGUUGUCUCCACGCUUCCCUGGCAUCAGUCCCUUCUGUGCUUAUAACAGACUUGCUUUUACAUAAAGCAUGUAAAACACACUUCCACUUAUUUCUAAUGAGAAGCUGCAUGGUGUUAAAAGUUCUCAUAUUAGAGAUGGAAGACCCAGAGCAGAAGACUGGGUGGAGAAAGAAGUGUGAUAUAACUAGAGAAUACAUAGACUCCUUGCAAAAAAAAAAAAAAAAAAAAACUGCUUUAAGAUCAUUUCGACUGAUGUACGACAAAAGAAAUUAGAUUUUUUUUUUCAAAAAAGAAAAAAAAACCUUUAUUU